AUGCCUCUGUCCGAUUACUUCACCAGUCCGACCUCGAUCUACAAUCGCCAACUUCUCAGCAGUCUGGUUCGGCGGGAUCAGAUACCCUUUGCCGACAAUGUAAUCGACUUGCUUAAGAAGCCGGCUCCACACUCCGGGCACCCAAGCUUCGGCCACCUGACCCUCCUUGUGUUUGAAGCCGUGCUAGAAGUCGUGUGCGUCAGCUUGCCGGGGUACAUCGUGGCACGACAGGGCAUGUUUGAUGCCGAGGCUCAGAAAAUGAUGGCCAACCUCAAUGUCAUGCUGUUCACACCAUGCCUGAUUUUCACAAAGUUGGCUUCGCAGCUCACGGCGGACAAGCUGGCUGAUCUGGCCAUCAUCCCAGCAAUAUUCGUUGUUCAGACGUUGGUAUCAUACGCAUGCGCAUGGGCGAUUGGGAGAGUGAUGAAGUUCAAAAAGAGACAAGCUAAUUUUCUGAUCGCCAUGGGCGUCUUCGGCAACUCGAACUCUCUCCCUAUCUCGCUCGUUCUAUCUCUAUCCAAAACACUCAAAGGGCUGCAUUGGGACAAAGUACCCAACGACAACGAUGAGGAGGUCGGAGCCCGAGGCAUACUCUAUCUCCUGAUCUUCCAACAGCUCGGCCAAUUGCUCCGCUGGAGUUGGGGCUACAACGUCCUACUAGCCCCGCCCGACCAUUAUACCGAGGCCGAGGGGGGCACGAAGAAAGAAGAUCGGGCUGAGCGCGGCCGUGGCGGUUAUCGAGACGAUGAGGAAGAUGAUGAACCCCGCCGGUUGUUGAGUCCGAGCUACGAUGGCGGUCGUGAUAGUAACGAGGACUUCGAGCAGUAUGAGGAUGAGGAUGAUGACCAGACCCGGAUAGGAACCGAGUCUCCCACCACCUCAAAAUCCGACGGUCUCAAAACUCCUCGCACGCCGCACAACCGGUCUUCAAGGAAUUCACCCCACCGACCCGUGAACGGGUCCGCCAAUGGUGCUCCUGAACUGCUCGCCACCCCUGCAAAUGGAAUGGUAGCUCCUCGCCAUCACGUGGACUACCCGGCGUGGCUCCAGUACCCGGACAACAAGAAGUAUGAUGAGGACUGCGGUGGCAUCAAAGGGUACAUUAAUCAAGGGCGAAAUUUCAUCCGCUACCAUAUCUUGAGAGUUGGCCACGGUAUUCGCGUCAUGUCACGCAGGGCGUUUGAACGCUUGCCAAAGCCUGUACGGAACUUCCUCUCGUUUAGUGCGAAGAAAAUUGGAGCCUUUCUGGCUGGAGUGUGGGAAUUUAUGAACCCACCUCUCUGGGCUAUGCUGGCCGCCAUCAUCGUGGCGUCCGUGCCUACACUGCAACAUCUUUUCUUCGACAAAGGGACCUUUCUGGCCAAUUCGGCGACACGCGCUGUGCAGCAGAGUGGAGGUGUGGCGGUGCCACUUAUCCUGGUGGUGCUCGGAGGCAAUCUCGCACGGAACACGAUCCCCAAGAACCAGCCAGGAGACAUCACCGAUCCCACGGAAGAGAAGAGACUACUCUAUGCUUCUCUGGUAGCCCGGAUGGUGUUUCCGACCAUCAUCAUGGCACCUUUCUUAGCAUUGGUUGCCAAGUACGUCCCAGUCAGCAUAGUGGACGACAAGAUCUUCAUUGUGGUGGCUUUUCUGCUGACAGGAGCGCCAUCUGCGCUCCAGCUGAGUGCGAUCACGCAGACCAACAACGUCUAUCCCACGGUCAUGUCGAAUAUUUUAUUCCAGAGCUACGUCGUCUGGAUCCUACCUUCGACACUGGUAUUGGUGCUCCUGGCGCUCGAGACGGUGGAAUGGGCAACAACUUGA